AAAAAAGUGUGUCUCACAAAAGGUUGCUCAAGCUAUUGACGCAGAGCUCAUGUCAAGUUCAGGAGGUUUCUCGAUUGACCAACUGAUGGAAUUAGCUGGUUUAAGUGUGGCUCAAGCAGUACAAAAAUCAUUUGAUAAUCAAAAAAGCCCUCAUGUUCUCGUCUGUGUUGGCCCAGGAAACAAUGGAGGUGAUGGUCUAGUGGCUGCAAGACAUUUGUGCCAUUUCGGUUUUAAGCCCAGCCUCUAUUAUCCCAAGCAACCUGAAAAAGAUCUCUAUCAGCGUCUCUUAGUUCAAUGUAAAAAUCUACAAGUACCUGUCUAUAAAGAAACAUCAGACGACUUGAUUCAAAAGUCAGAUAUCAUUCUAGACGCCUUAUUUGGCUUUAGCUUCAAAGGUGAAGUUCGUGAUCCUUAUAAAGAAAUUAUCCAAAUCUUUGAAAAGAUAUCAAAGCCUAUUGUAUCUGUUGAUAUUCCCUCUGGUUGGGAUGUGGAAGAGGGUCCUACUGAAUUCGUCAAAUUUCAACCCGAAAUCAUGAUUUCCUUGACAGCACCCAAGCCUUGCAUAAAACACUUUAAGGGCAAGACUCACUUUUUGGGAGGCCGAUUUGUUCCUCCUGCAUUAGCUAAAAAAUUUGAUUUUGAAGUACCUAGCUACCCAGGCGUGGAUCAAGUAGUUGAAUUGUAAAUGACUGAAACGAAUAAAAUUUUUUAUUCAGUGGAAUAAAUAUGA